GUGACACGGGAAACGUGUCGUUUUCCCACCAACCACUUUAGUACCAUUUGGCUGACUCCUCUCUGAUAGGCUUCAGUCCAACUGUAAAAAUGGCGUUCCAGAUAGCUUUGGCACUGCUCUUUGUGGCAUAUGGAGAGGCCAGCUUCGACGUCUACGCCCAGCCCUCUCAGCUCAACCUCGGCCUGACGGAAAGCUCCAUCGUCAACUGCACGUUUUUCAACAACGGCGCCACCAACCUCAACACCCUCCACACGCUGACCAUCUCCAGGCUCAACUCCUUCAACCCCGCCUACGUCGACAUCGUCACCAUCGACAGCACCGACCCCGAGUACGCCAGGCUCCUGGUGUCAGAGAACGUCAAACCCAGCGGCCGGAUCUACACAGAGGACGAGGAUGAUUCUUUCCUGAGCUUAAGAUUCCGGUUCCCCAUGGGAAACCAAGCCGGGACCUACAAGUGCAUGGCUACGGGACUGGACGGUAUCGGGAACAACAUCGCCAUCGAAGACUACGCCGUCGUGACGUCAUCCGUGCCGACGAGCGACGCACUCUUGACCAAAAUCAGCGAGCUGGACACGCGAGCUCAGCUAACAGAGGAGUUGCAUCAGUCGGAUCUGGACAGGCUCAACAGGAAGCUCACCAUCAUGAAGGACGUCCUCUUCAGCGAUACCUUCGUCUACAACGGAAACUCCUACUACCUCUCCCGCGUCCACUUCAGCACCGAUCAAGAAGCGACAGCUGCGUGCUCCGUCUUCGGCGGAUACCUCGCCGAAAUCGACGACCAAGCCGAGUUCAACGCCAUAGCCGAUUACUUCGUGAGAACCAUAGGCACCAAUCUGGCUGGGGGCGUGCAGGGCGUGGUCAUAUCCGGCACGGACGAGGUCAGGGAAGGCACGUGGUUGUACCAGUUCAGCGGGACGCAGCUGGCGUACACCAACUGGUUCGGGGACGAGCCCAACGACGGCAGACGCUACAACUGUCUGGCGCUGUGGAAGGCCAACAACUACAGGAUGACAGACUUCCCCUGCCUCAACACGGACUACAACGCGCUCUACCUCUGUGAGACAGCUCACUAGAUUAUGUGUACACGUUGUCAUGACGACGCACUUACCUCUCAGUAAAUCUAAAGCCGUUGGUUGAAUAACGAUGAGCGUUAAAAUGUUUCGAAAAUAAAAAUAAAACCGGCCAACGUU